UAGUGUCUAUUCCUAAUAUGGCGCAGGCCAUGUGACUUGUUAUAAUUGUUUGUUAUAAUUCGUAAUAUCAAUCCCUUUUUUGCUCAAGGAGCGCUCAGUGAGCGGUUUUCUUUGCUGAAUGCAGCCAAUGAUAACAUCGCCGAGACGAUCGCUCUCAAGCUAUUUUCUUUAGAUUCUAUGGCCUCUAUAAUUGCUUGUUCCCGAAUAAGAGACUAUCAAGUGCUAUUUUGUGCUCAUUUCUCAGUGUGGUAUAAUUGAGUAAAUAAGUUGUAAAAUAUUUAUGUGGAAAUAUGUUGCCCUUACACAUAUUAUCGAAAUGUAAUAUAAGAUCCUCAAGUGGAAUAUUAUUUCAAUGGAUAAAUAUUUCCAUGAGAUUAUGCUCUUCAUCUUCACCAUCUUCAUCAUCAUCAUCAUCAGAUUCAUCAGAUUCAUCUGAUUCAUCUGAUUCUGAUUCUGAUUCUGAAAAAGCAAAACCAAAGGAAAUUCAUGUUAAAAGUGCAAGUUCUGCAAGUGCAACAUCAGAUAACAAAUACGACUUGGAAAACUUCUUGAAUAACAUGUUACAAGUGAGAAAAACGCAGAAAACUGUUGAUGUUGGCAUGCAGCCUAAAAAGAAGGAAGAUAAAGCAAAUAAAAAACAUGAGCCUUUUGAAAAGAAAAUAGUAAGCGCGGCAGAAGAUGUGGCUAACGUGCUUGGUGGAGAUAAAACCAAAACAACAUCAGAUUUGCUUGAAAAAGUUCUUGCAUCUAGAGUAUCAGCACUAAAAGAAGAACAGAGAAGCAUUAAAAUGCAGAAAAAUGUCAAACAAUUGUCAAAAUAUGAUGUACAAAAAAGUUCCGAAGACAAACAUUUAGAAAAAAAGUCUAUAAUACAAACCCUACUGGACAAAUAUAAUAAGCAACCGAUAAAGAAAGUAGUUGAAAAUAGUAUAUCAAGACAGUUAUUACGUGGUGUUAAAGCAUCUAAAGAGAAGUUACAGGAUAUUGAUAAAAAAACGCCUCAUGCCAGACUCCAAAUCGAUUUGUGGAAUGGAAAGUCUAGUGACAUUUUUGAAAAUAUGAAUGCUGCUUCACCAAAUAUACCGGAACUGAAAACAUGGGCGGCAUUAGAACAAAGAGAAUUAAAAGCAUUGACAACUCAUCCACCUGCCAAUAUUUUUCAAGAACUAAUUCUUUGGACGGAGCAAGGAAAAUUAUGGAAAUUCCCUAUUGACAAUGAGCAAGAAAUGGAAGAAGAGCACAAUGUUCAUUUCUCAGAACAUGUCUUUAUGGAACGUCAUCUGAAGGGAUGGUGUCCUAAAUCAGGACCAAUUCGUCAUUUUAUGGAAUUAGUGUGCACCGGACUUUCAAAGAAUCCAUACUUGACAGUUCAAGAGAAGAUUGGACAUAUUAUGUGGUAUAAAGAAUACUUUGAAUCUAAACAAGACUUGUUGCAAGAAGUAGGAGCAAUUCAGCAGCCAAUCUCUGACAAAAUAAAAGAAAUUACAGAAUAAAAUAACAUAUAUAUUAGU